GAGCUCUUCAUCCGUUACUCUUGUUUCACCGUAGAGCACGCCAUGCAGCGCAUAUUGCGGAGCCGUCGACCACAGCUGCGAUUUACUCGUAGGAAACUGAGCUGUAGUGGCAGCUGCAGUAGAACUGUAGGCGCGGCAACUGCGCUGGCAUCCGUCAGACAUUGCGUCGCGCUUCUUGACCAGCACCGCAGUACAAAUCACGUGCAUAUCGUUUCCAAGCGCUUUACGAGUAGUGAACAUGACGGCUGCAAAAGUAGCAGUGCAAGUGACCGUGCGAGAAGCGUCACACACAGCGCAAAUGCUGUCCUCAAUGCACUCGACACGGUGGACGCGUCCGAUCGCAGUAAAGGUGCCUCGGAACUUCCGCAUGCAGCGCGGUUAAUCACGUCUUCGCCCGCUCCAUCUCCUAAGAACCGCUCUGAGGGCGAGAACAGUAGGACACCCCCCACCGCGGAUGAGGAACGCACGUUGAAGGAUCCCGCUCCGGAGUUCUCGCAAGGUCUGAAAGAUUUUUGCUGGAGGGAAGACGAGGCAGUCAAAGGCAUCUUCAAGCCCUCCGUGCUGUACGCCGUGAGUUUGCGGAACCGUAUCCGUCUCUUUGGCAUGCCGAAGGGCUACCCCGACACCACCGCCGUUGGCUUCCGCCGCUUCUUUUACCUGUCUCAGGCGAACUCGUUCAUUGCCGACUUCUCUGCCUGCAUUGGCUACCAGUCGCUGCUGAGCGGCUUCUUUCUUGGGUCGUCGCCGCAGAUGUGGAUGCUGAAGGACUUGUUCCCAGCGCUGUUUGCGGCGUACAUGGCAAAUCGAAUUGUCUCGUACGAGGGCCGACCGAAGCAAUGGUUCUGCGUGAGUGUGCUUCUGCGGAACGUGACAAUUAUCGCCGACAUGGUGAUCCCCACCGCGGUGCCCAACCACAUGGUGCUCUGCGCAGUGGGUAACGCGGUGCUGAAGCAGUCCUCUGCGCUGAUGUUCUUCAUUACGCGUGCGGCGGCGCUGCAGCACUACUCGAUUGACAACAACCUGGCCGAGCUGACGAAGAAGUUUAACUCCUUCAGCAUGGUGACCUUCACCUUGGCGACGGCACUCGCGAUUGUGUACUGUACGUUUCUCACCAGCUUCACCACCCAGCUGACGACCAUAUUGGUGUGCUGUGUGGCGAACUUGGUGUUGUCCUACAUGGCCAUGAAACCCGUGGCGUUUCGCAUUCUCCACUUUGCCUCGAUGCAGGUGUUGAUGCCAGCCUACGUGCACAACCCUUGCGGCGUGAUGACGCCGCAGGAGGUGUCGGAUGCGAUGGGCAUCCGCAUGUCCCCCGCCGCAGCAGUGAAGGGAGGUCGCGCAACGGCAGAUACAGCGCUGAACUUACUGUACGUUAGCCCACCCGUCGACAAGCUGCUCAUCCGCUCAGACAGGUUGCACGAGGAUGUGCUGUACCGCAGCGCAAACGGUGCCUUUCUGUUGGCGAUGUGGCGCCCCUCCGCGAUGCCGCUGACGCUGCGUGAGUCGUGGCGUCGCUAUGAGCUGCCGUCCCUCCCUCGCUUCCUGCGCGAAGGGCGGUGGCGGCGCUGCAACCCCGUCUUGACGGAGGUCGAGAAGCGGUUUCACGGUCAUCGGCUGUGUCUUCUCGUCCAGCACCGCUGCUCUCCCAAGGAUCUCAUCACCGCCUAUUUGAUCAUGCACACGACCGUCCUGCAGCACGCAGCCACGGAGGCGGAGUUGCGUACGUUUGUGCGGCGGUGCCACGCGGAGCAAGAUGAAUGGGACGCCAAGGGCGAGACCUUGCACAAUCAGUUGAGGGAGGCAGGAUGGGAUGUGAACCGGCCCGCGCUGGACCACCAUGACUUCCGCGUGUCGGAGCUGCUGGUGCAGCGGCCCGCGGUCGACUCGAAGGCAACGACCGCCUCCUCUGUCAGCUCGUCUGACAUCGAUGGAUAA